AUGGACAAAGCUUCUGUUAACAAAGCUACUGAAGGAAAAGAAGAAGUACGGAAGAUUGAGGUCUUGGAUGACACAAAUCUUGAUUUCAUUAGUGCAGAUUCAGAAUUGACGCAGGAUCUGCCAGAAGAUAUAGAAGUGAUCGAUUUGGUCCAUCUUAAAAUUAAAUCGUUAGAAGAUCUGAACCUUUACAGAUUUAAAAAUCUGAGACAACUAUGCCUGAGACAGAACUUGAUCGAAAGUAUAAGCGAAGUGGAAGUUUUGCCUCAUGACAAGAUUGUUGACCUGGAUUUUUACGAUAACAAGAUUAAACACAUUUCUUCUAACAUUAGCAAGCUCACCAAAUUAACGUCUCUAGACUUAUCCUUUAACAAGAUCAAGCAUAUCAAAAAUUUGGAAAAUUUGACUGAACUGGAAAAUCUAUACUUUGUGCAGAACAGCAUUUCCAAAAUUGAAAAUCUCUCCACUUUGAAUUCGCUGAAGAAUCUAGAGCUGGGUGGUAAUAAAAUCCACUCCAUCGAACCCAGCUCUUUUGAAGGCCUUUCAAACCUAGAAGAGAUCUGGUUAGGUAAAAACUCCAUACCAAGAUUAAUUAAUCUGCAUCCUUUAAAAAAUCUGAAGAUCCUAUCCAUCCAGUCUAACAAAUUGAAAAAAAUUGAAAAUUUAGAAGAAUUAACUAAUUUGGAGGAGCUUUAUCUAUCACACAAUUUUAUUACGAAGAUUGAGGGUUUAGAGAAAAAUCUCAAACUAACUACUUUGGAUAUUACAUCGAAUAAAAUUACCUCCCUAGAGAACUUGAAUCAUCUGCCCGAUUUGACUGAUAUAUGGGCGUCGUUUAACAAGAUAGAUCAAUCAUUUGAGAGCUUAGGCGAAAAUUUGUCCAAUCUAUCGUGCCUAGAGACUAUUUAUUUGGAAGGGAACCCCAUACAAUUGGAAAACAAGACUUCCUACAGAAGAAAACUAACCAUGAAUUUGCCCUCAUCUUUACAGAAAAUCGAUGCAACAUACAUAAGAGGCUAA